AUGUCGACGCAUACUCUUGCCAGACAGGUUCCUAUCAACAACACCAUUCAGGUGAAUGUUGCUCCAGGAGAUGAGACCGGCCUGUACCAUAUUUUGAUUUCCAAUUUACCCUGGCAAACCUCCUGGCAGCAAGUGAAGGACCAUGUACGAACGGUUUGUUCUGCAGUUGAGAGGGUGGAGAUCUUCAACGAGAGUACAGCAGGCUGGAUAUCUGUGCGCGGACGUGAGAACUUCGAUGCAGCCAUGCAUCUGCUAGAAACGACGCCCUUCAAUGGUAGACCACUCUGGGUGGAUGGUCGAAAUGCCAAGGCAGAAAUGCCUAUCAGGAGGCUUGUAAACACGCCAGAGAUGCUUGCACCCACCUCACGGUCACCUCAUACUCCUCGAUCAGCGCCCCAGGUACCACAAUACCCAGCUGCGACGUCUCCGAUGAUGAUGUCGCCCACAGCAUCGGACUACAGUCAUGUGAGUCGCCUGGUUAUAUCACGACAGCAUGGUUCGUACUUACUGGAUCAGUGGUCCUCUGGCGGCCCUGUUUCGAUGAUUUCUAGUCCAACAGCAACAUAUGGCUUGCAGUCUGCGCCGAUGAUGAUGACUCACGCGCACAACGAUUUCGGCGCUUGGAAUUCCGCUACAGAAUACACCUAUGGAGAACCAUCCACCGCUCUGCUUUCCUACCCGACUGAUAUCAACUAUCAAUGUCCACCUACAGCUUACUACGGAAAUGACCUCGUGUACUCCCCACGUCAAGACUCGGGGAGCACCAGGCCUCAAACGGACCAGUAUAAUGCCCAGGGCAUUGUCGAGACGGUGUUCCGCAAGAUACACAUCAAGGGCCUGCCGAACUGGGCCCAGAGUGAACAGAUUAAAGGGCUUCUGCGCUCAAGAUGUGCGUUCACCGGCGGUGAGGUGAAACACAUCAGCGUCCCGACAUCAAGCAAAGGUGGUAAUAGAGGAUAUGCCACCGUUGUGUUUCUAAGCUCUGGGUGUGCCACGAGGGCCUUUCAGAAGUUGGACGGGCACAAGUUUGACGGGAAGCGUCUGGAGGUCAAAAUCACCAAGGAGGGUGUCUCAAAGGACGAGGAAGACCGGCACAAGCACCAUUCGAGCAAAAAGCACCGGGACGAGAAAGAAAAGAAAGGGAGCAGCUCCAAGUCUUCCGAGCCUCCUGAGGAGAAGAAGGACAAAGCGAUCAGGAAGGGUGUCAUCAUCGCCAAUGGUUCUUCGAUCAAGCCUGGAGGGAGUACUAAAAAGUCGAGCCACAGUAAUGAUCAUACCUAG